ACGAGUACGGUGAAAAGGUGUCCUGGUCCGGUUGUAGUAAUAUUGUUCGCCCAACACCAGACCAAGAGCUGAGAGCCCGGCUCAUCAGUUGGAACUAUGUUCCUACCUAAAUAGUUGUCUUGUGGAGUAACGCCCAAGCGGAACGCAAGAUAAUGAAAUAUGGAUCUUGGCCCACUAGAGGUUUCGCCGGAAAUCUCCGAAUCAAUAUCGAGGGUUAUUGAUUUGUUAAAAAUAGUGGGAGAUAAUUAAUUAAAGGCCUAAUUAAUUAUUAAACAUGAUAGAUAACCUAGUUUGCAAAAUUUUCUGUAGAUGGCAAACAACAACAACCCUUUCAACUUGCGAUAUGUUCUAGAAAAGGAAAAAUUAUCUGGAACCAACUUUCUUGAUUGGGAGAUGAAUCUUAAGAUUUUCUUGAAUGCGAGAAAAAGCUCUACAUCCUUACCUCUGAGCCUCCCAAAGCUCCUGAAGCGAACGCCCGUGCUGCAGAAAUUACUUCGUACAAGAAGUAUGAAGAUGACGCACGUGAUGUGAGAUGUCUCAUGCUAGCCACCAUGACUCCGGAGCUCCAAAGGCUCCAUAAGGACAUGGAAGCUCAUCCUAUGAUGAUUCGCUUGAAAGGUCUAUACCAAGGCCAGGCUAGACAUGAGCAUUUCAAAAUCUCUACGACUCUAUUUUCCAGUAAGCUGGCAACGGGUAACCAGUUGGUCCCCACGUUCUCAAGAUGAUCGGUCAGAUCGAAACUCUUGAAAAACUGGACGCCCCAUUGCACCCUAUGCUUGCAACUGAUCUCAUCUUGGGAUCAUUACCAGCUGAGUAUAGUCAAACUGUAGUGAACUUCUACAUGAACAAACUAGAGAUGACUAUGCCUGAGCUACUGAAAUUCCUCACAACUGCUGAGGAGAGUCUAGGGAAGGGCAAGGGUAAGUCUGUCCUGAUGGUAGAGGGCAGUACUAUUGCGAAGAAGAGUGGGCCACGUUCGCCGGCCGGGACCAAGCGCAAGGGUUCUAAGAAACCCAAGCAGCGUCCAACUCCUCUUCGUUGAAACCCAAAGAAGGAGCUAAGAAGAAGUCUGCUGUAUGCUAUUAUUGUGGCAAAAAGGGCCACUGGAGGCGCAACUGCGCAAAAUUACUGGCAGAGAGGAAAGAGGGAAAGAAACCUCAAACCUCAGGAUCUGCAUGAACGUAGACAAUUGACGGAGGGAGAGAUACAACUAAAAGUCGGCAAUGGCGCACUC